AUGGUACCGGACCGUAGGAGCGCAUUUCGCAGCUCCGUCUUACUGGCUGGUGUGAUAAUCUGCAGCAACGUGCUAUGUCCCAUCGGUGCCUAUCUCUACAACAACCGCUACGCAGGUGAUCAAAUCUUCAGGAUAACCCCGAGUAAUGACGAGGAGGUCCAAGUGCUCAAGAACAUUCUGGGACACAUGAAGGUGGACUUCUGGCAGCCCAACAGUGUUUCUCUAAUCUGUCAAAAUGCAACGGUGGAUGUCCAUGUGAAGUGCAAUGACACGCGGGGCUUACACGCACGCUUAAAGCAACAACAUCUUGAUUAUCGGGUGUUUAUCUCCAAUCUGCAGAAGGAAAUCGAAAAGCAGACGGGAUAUGGCUCCUCUCGCAAGCGGAGGUCAGAGUCUCAGUAUGACUACGAGGUUUACCACUCUCUGGAAGAGAUCCAGAGCUGGAUGUUUGAGAUGAACCGAACCAACUCCGACCUGGUUGACAUGUUCUCCAUCGGGAAGUCGUACGAGGGGAAGCCACUUUAUGUGCUUCAGAUAGGAAAGAGAAGUCGUCAUCAGAAGAAAGCCAUGUGGAUCGACUGUGGCGUCCAUGCCAGAGAGUGGAUAGGACCUGCUUUCUGCCAGUGGUUUGUCAAGGAGGCCAUCAACUCAUACCCGCAUGACUCCGUGAUGAGACGACUGCUUAACCAGCUCAACUUCUACAUCAUGCCUGUCUUCAAUGUGGAUGGAUAUCACUUCAGCUGGACCACGGAUCGGUUCUGGAGGAAAACACGGUCCAAAAAUCACAGGUUCCACUGCAGAGGAGUGGACGCGAACAGAAACUGGAAAGUGAAAUGGUGUGAGGAGGGUGCCUCCUCUCAUCCCUGUGAUGACACCUACUGUGGUCCUUACCCCGAGUCUGAACCUGAAGUCAAGGCCGUCGCCAAGUUCUUGCGCAAGCACAGGAAACGCGUCAAAUCAUAUAUAUCAAUCCACGCUUACGCCCAAAUGCUGCUUUACCCCUAUUCCUACAAGUACGCCACUAUCCCCAACUUCAACUGUGUGGAGUCAGCAGCUCACAACGCAGUGACAGCCCUGUACUCUGCCUAUGGAGUGAGGUACAGAUAUGGACCUGCCUCCACCACCCUGUAUGUUAGCUCAGGCAGCUCGAUAGACUGGGCCUACAGAAACGGGAUCCCUUAUGCGUUUGCGUUUGAGUUGAGGGAUACAGGACACUUCGGCUUCCUCCUGCCCGAGUCCCUGAUCAACCCAACCUGCACGGAGACUAUGAGGGCGGUGAAAGCCAUUGCAUCAGGUCUGCUUAAGAAGUGUGAAACAGACAAGGACAGAUUUCCAUAUAUAUGA